AUAAUGGGAUAAGGAUGCAAAUUAUUCUUAUUAUAUAUAGUAUAAUCCUAAAUUAAAUAAGUGACUACUUGUACAAGUUUUAUAAAUCGAACAAAUGCAAUAAAAAAUCAUGGCAUUAGCUAUACGUAAAUCUACAUUCAGCAUUUUGGCUACCGCAAGAUGUAUCGUACCAAGAGAAUUUCGGGGUUUAUCAUCGUUACCUGAAACAAAAGAAGAUGUAGCCCAGGAUGUUGCGAAGAGGUCCACAGGGCGUAAAAUUCGUUUUCAAAAUCCAGCUUUGGAAUACCGACAUGUUUACCCGGAAUUCUUGCCUGACCCAAAUCCUAAAUGGAGGAAUACAUUACGUGAGAAAAUGGAAAGAGCAGAUAUGUUAAAAAGAAGAAGUCAAAUUGAUAUUCCUGAGUUUUAUGUUGGAUCUAUUCUAGCUGUUUUCAUAUCUGAUCCUCAUGCUCAAGGUAAAACCAACAGGUUUGUUGGUAUAUGCAUUGAAAGAAAAGGCUGCGGCCUGAGAGCUGAGUUUACAUUACGAAAUGUUGUGGACCAUCAAGGUGUUGAAAUUCGUUAUGACCUUUAUGAUCCUACAAUACAAUCAAUACAAAUACUUCGUCUUGAAAAACGUCUAGAUGACAAACUGUUUUACUUAAGAGAUGCAUUGCCUGAGUACAGCACAUUUUCAUUUGACAUGGAUCCAGAAAUACUUCCAGAAGGUACUCCUGUGCCUGUAAAUCCUGUUCAGGUAAAAUUAAAGCCGAAACCAUGGCUUGAGAGAUGGGAAAGACAGGAACUUAAAGGAGUUGCAAAUAUUGAUGAACAUCUUAAAGAGAAAGAUAAAGUGAGGAGAGAGCUGAGAAAGACACCGUGGGAAAAAUAUGAUUUGAUGAAACAAUACAGAAAAACAAUACCAGCAGAGGAUCAAAACGAAAUAUGGGGAGAAGUUCAUAAUCAAUUAAAUCAACUUCGACUUUCACGUAAAAAGAUGUUCAAAAAACGUCCAGUCAGCGCACCCAAGACUCAGCUUGCAUAA